CGGUCCCUCUGCCGCUGCCGCCGCCGCCGCCGCCGCCGCCAUGCCCCAGCCGGCCCCGCCGCCCGCCGCCGCCGCCGCCGCAGCAUGAAGCGGCAGAACGUGCGGACGCUGGCGCUCAUCGUGUGCACCUUCACGUACCUGCUGGUGGGCGCCGCCGUCUUCGACGCUUUGGAGUCGGAGGAGGAGACGGCGGAGCGGCGGCGGCUGGAGGCCAAGAGCCAGGAGCUCAAGAGCAAGUACAACCUGAGCGCCGAGAGCUACCGCGAACUCGAGUGGGUCGUCCUCAAGCUCAAGCCGCACAAGGCCGGCGUCCAGUGGAAAUUCGCCGGCUCCUUCUACUUCGCCAUCACCGUCAUCACCACUAUAGGUUAUGGCCAUGCAGCCCCCAGCACGGACGGGGGGAAGGUCUUCUGCAUGGUCUAUGCCCUACUGGGGAUCCCCCUCACCCUGGUCAUGUUCCAGAGCUUGGGCGAGAGGAUCAACACCUUUGUCAAGUACCUCCUCCACCGCAUCAAGAAGUGCCUUGGCAUGAGGCGGGUGGAGGUCUCCAUGGCCAACAUGGUCACCAUCGGGUUCUUCUCCUGCAUCAGCACCCUCUGCAUCGGGGCGGCCGCCUUCUCCUACUACGAGCACUGGAGCUUCUUCCAUGCCUACUACUACUGCUUCAUCACCCUCACCACCAUCGGCUUCGGGGACUACGUGGCCCUGCAGAAGGACGAAGCCCUCCAGAACAAGCCGCAGUACGUGGCCUUCAGCUUCGUCUACAUCCUGACGGGGCUGACGGUCAUCGGGGCUUUCCUCAACCUGGUGGUGCUGCGCUUCAUGACCAUGAACGCCGAGGAUGAGAAGCGGGAUGCGGAGCACCGGGCGCUGCUCACCCGCAAUGGGCAAGCCAGCAGCAUCCACACCACGGACACCGCCUCGGCCGUGCCGGUGGCGGCAGGGGGUGGUGGGAGUGGCAGCGGCGGCUUUCGGAACGUGUACGCUGAGGUUCUCCACUUCCAAUCCAUGUGCUCGUGCCUGUGGUACAAGAGCCGGGAGAAGCUGCAGUACUCCAUCCCUAUGAUCAUCCCCAGGGAUCUCUCCACCUCGGACACCUGCGUGGAGCAGAGCCAUUCCUCGCCCGGCCGCUGUCCGGAGACCCCCUCCAAUAGAUGUUUCUGCAACACCCGCCGGUCGGCCAUCAGCUCCGUCUCCACCGGGCUCCACAGCCUGGCGGCAUUCCAGGGGCUCAUGAAGCGCCGCAGCUCCGUGUAGCUUCCUCUCCAUCCCCACCCGUGUCUCCCAGACCUCUCCCCUUGGCUCUGUGGCCAAAGACCUCUCUUGGUCAUGGCAGGAGGAAACCACCGCAGGUCUGGCAAUGGGACCCCCAGGGAGCUGUGGCCCAGGGUCCUCUGGCUUGGGAGGGAUGCAGGAGCAGCGGCAAGGCUGCCUGGUCCUCUGGGAAGCGGGAAGAAGGGAGCUGCUGGUUUUAUUUUAUUUUAAUUUAAAUUAAUUUUAUUAUUUUAUUUUGCAAAACCACUCCUCAAAAAUGUGAAACUUGGAGAGCUGGAGAGUGAUUUAACUUGAUGGGGUUGGGGGGGUACGCCUGCACCUCCCUCCAUGAUGAACUUUGUGCGAGAGGCUGGGGACCCCCAUAGCCCCAGCACAGCCCCAGGGCAGCCCAAGUGUGCAACAGCACGGCCGUGAGGCAGACACGUGGUCCUGUGUGCACCAGAGGCCUCAUGAGACACAGAUUGAGGAGGACAUGGGGCUCUCAGCACCGGCUGCAGGCAGCAGUGGGGUCCUGUCCCCUCCAUCCUCUGCCUCCUCCAGCCGUGGGCAGCGAGGGGAUGCCGCUGCGAAGGCGAGCACGCAUCAGAGGGCAAAUCAGGCUAAGAGGGGCUUAGACGGAGCUCUCUCGAUCCCUGCACACAUCAGCCUGCCCCUGCGGCCAAGAAAACAAGCCGUGAGUCACGUAGGCUGCCGAAAACGCCUGCCUCCACUCAGUGGGCAGCCCCCCGAGAGCUCUGUGGGGUUAUUUCAACCCUUUUCAGCCUGGCAAACCCAGGAUUUUCCCACUGGAAAGAAGCAGGAAGCACGGAUCCAUCACCAAGGAGGCAGGAAGGCAACGUCAGCGUGGUCCCUGGGACCCCCAUCUCCAUCCUCCGCUGUAGCAGCUCUGGAGCCGGAGCUGUUACCCUUGGGGAGAUUUCCUGGGGGACAACUUGGGGCAUUAUAAGAGUUUUUCACCCUUCUUCUCC